AGUAUUCUUUGUAUUAAGAUUAGAGAUUCCCUUUAAGGACAGUGAAAUUUCAGGAUUAUGACAUUCCCAAGUUCUGAUGAUUAAUUCAUCUUCCUCCCUUCAUAUUGUACGUACAAUGGCAGAGUUAACUUCUUACCGCUCAGAUUCAGCGUUUAGUUUUCGAAGAUCAAUGCGUUCACCCAGAAUCUAUCCUCUUUUCUUUCCACUUCCUUGAAGUCAAUCCAAAUUCUUUCCAAACAUCUUUUCAAGUAAGUCUUUGAUAAAUCUUCCUGUUUAGGGAUGCUAGAUCUGGCCCUUAUCAACUUUUAAUGAAUAGUUUAUGCCUCUGAUUCAGGUUUUUUUUGUUUUUUUGUUUUUUGUCAUCUAGCAUUGACAUUAGUAAUUUCAAUUUCUUAGGAGGAUCAAAGGAGUUAUCUGUGAAAACCUCUUGCAAAGUUUGGGCAAAUACCAGUGCUAUGCAAUCACGAAACGUUAACUAUUAAUUUUUAGAAUGUGUUCAGGGAAUUUUUUACGCUUUCUGAAGAACUGAUGUCCUGCGCAGUCUCACCCCCAAAUAAUGAAAGUGGGUGGGCGCUCCUCUCAGAUUGAGGCUACGUCUCUCUCUCCUUUUGUCUCUUAGUCGGACUAGAACUGUCAUGGCGCCUUCAAGAAGAGAGGGAAGGCCGGCCUUUCGCCUAGCAGAAUCAUCGGAGGCACCUGGACUGGACGGAGGGGUGGACAGAGAGACCACCCCCAGUUGAGAUCCAACACACCGAAGCCUCCAAGAGGUCUCGGCCGGACACGGUGAAGAGGAGGAGACCGUGUUGAAGACUGCCUGCGAGCGACCGUCUCCCCAGAGCACCGCCCAUCGUGACCGCCUUAUCCAAUGGAAACCCAACGGCAGUGCGGCACCGCCCAUCUGUUGGUCGGGACGCCGCGAGGGCGGGGCCCGCAGUUCGGUUGCGCUGCGGAGCGCAGCUGUGAGGGAGUCUCUCUGGUCCGCGGCCCCGAAUCCGAGCUGGAGCUGAAGCACAGGCUGCGGGGAGCGGAGUCGGGAGGCCUGAGUGUUCGUUCCAGCAUGUCGGAAGGGGAGUCCCAGACAGUAGUCAGCAGUGGCUCAGACCCCAAGGUAGAAUCCUCAUCAUCAGCUCCUGGCCUGACGUCAGUGUCACCUCCUGUGACCUCCACAACCUCAGCUGCUUCCCCAGAGGAAGAAGAAGAAAGUGAAGAUGAGUCUGAGAUCUUGGAAGAGUCACCAUGUGGACGCUGGCAGAAGAGGCGAGAAGAGGUGAAUCAGCGGAAUGUACCAGGUAUUGACAGUGCAUACCUGGCCAUGGAUACAGAGGAGGGUGUAGAGGUUGUGUGGAAUGAGGUCCAGUUCUCUGAGCGCAAGAACUACAAGCUGCAGGAGGAAAAGGUCCGCGCUGUGUUUGAUAAUCUGAUUCAGUUGGAACAUCUCAACAUUGUUAAGUUUCACAAGUAUUGGGCUGACAUUAAAGAGAACAAGGCCAGGGUCAUUUUUAUCACAGAAUACAUGUCAUCUGGGAGUCUUAAGCAAUUUCUGAAGAAGACCAAAAAGAACCACAAGACUAUGAAUGAAAAGGCUUGGAAACGCUGGUGCACGCAAAUCCUCUCUGCCCUUAGCCCUGUGACAGCAAUGUUGAAGAAUAAGGGAGUAGAGCAGGAGUCUAAAAUUUUGGUAGAUGAAAACUAUGCUUUGUUGAUGGUGGUCAGAUUGUGGGUAUCUCCCCUACUCCCAGUGGCUCCUGACACUAUCAACAAUCAUGUGAAGACUUGUCGGGAAGAGCAGAAGAAUCUACACUUCUUUGCACCAGAGUACGGAGAAGUCACUAAUGUGACAACGGCAGUAGACAUCUACUCCUUUGGCAUGUGUGCACUGGAGAUGGCAGUGCUGGAGAUUCAGGGCAAUGGAGAGUCCUCAUAUGUGCCACAAGAAGCUAUCAGCAGUGCCAUCCAGCUUCUAGAAGACCCAUUACAGAGGGAGUUCAUUCAAAAGUGCCUGCAUUCUGAGCCUGCUCGCAGACCAACAGCCAGAGAACUUCUGUUCCACCCAGCACUGUUUGAAGUGCCCUCGCUCAAACUCCUUGCUGCCCACUGCAUUGUGGGACACCAGCACAUGAUCCCAGAGAAUGCUCUGGAGGAGAUCACCAAAAACAUGGAUACCAGUGCUGUACUGGCUGAAAUCCCUGCAGGACCAGGAAGAGAACCAGUUCAGACUUUGUACUCUCAGUCACCAGCUCUGGAAUUGGAUAAAUUCCUUGAAGAUGUCAGGAAUGGGAUCUACCCUCUGACAGCCUUUGGGCUACCUAGGCCCCAGCAGCCACAGCAGGAGGAGGUGACAUCACCUGUUGUGCCCCCCUCUGUCAAGACUCCAACACCUGAACCAGCUGAGGUGGAGACCCGCAAGGUGGUGCUGAUGCAGUGCAACAUCGAGUCAGUGGAGGAGGGAGUCAAACACCAUCUGACGCUUCUUCUGAAGCUGGAGGACAAACUCAACCGGCACCUGAGCUGUGACCUGAUGCCAAAUGAGAACAUCCCUGAGUUGGCAGCUGAGCUGGUGCAGCUGGGCUUCAUUAGCGAGGCUGACCAGAGCCGACUGACUUCUCUGCUAGAGGAGACCCUGAACAAGUUCAAUUUUGCCAGGAACAGCACCCUCAACUCAGCCGCUGUCACCGUCUCCUCUUAGAGCUCACUCGGGCCAGGCCCCUGAUCAGAGCUGUGGCCGUCGCUAGAUGUGCAACAGCCUUUCUGCCCCUUCCCCCCAGUCAGUAUUACCCUGUGAAGCCCCUUCUCUCCUUUAUUAUUCAGGAGGGCUUUGGGGCUCCCUGGUUCUGAGCAUCACCCUCCCCCUUCCCCCCUCUUCCUCCCCUCUGCACUUUGUUUACUUGUUUUGCACAGACGUGGGCCUGGGCCUUCUCAGCAGCCGCCUUCUAGUUGGGGGCUAGUAGCUGAUCUGCCGGCUCCCGCCCAGCCUGUGUGGAAGGAGGCCCACGGGCACUGGGGGAGCUGAAUUCUACAAUCCCGCUGGGGCGGACGGGGCGGGAGAGAAGGGUGGUGCUGCAGUGGUGGCCCUGGGGGGCCAUUCGAUUCGCCUCAGUUGCUGCUGUAAUAAAAGUCUACUUUUUGCUACAA